AUGGGGGCCAGAAGAGGAGUAAUUGAGGUUCAUGCUGCAUGGUUGCUGGUAAAACAGGAAAUUGGAAAGCAGAAUCUGUCCCUGGGAAGAAAUGAUGUAGUUCAGCUGAAAGAAGCCUACAAGUGGAUAGCUCACCCCCUGUUUUCAGAGGAGCUGGGAGUUCCCACUGAUGGAAAGAGCUUGUUCGAAGUGAGUGUGGUCUUUGCUCAUCCAGAAACAGUUGAAGAUUGCCAUUUCCUAGGUGAAGUUUGCCCAGAUUGUUUCAAACCAGCCAAAAACAAACAGUCAGUAUUCACCAGAAUGGCAGUUUUGAAAGCUUUGAAUAAGAUAAAAGAAGAUGACUUCCUCACGCAAUUUCCUUGUCCUCCAAACUCACCGAAGACUGUAUGCACUGUCCUUGAAGUUGAAUGCACUCAUGGUGCUGUUUUUGUUGCUGGUAGAUACAAUAAAUACUCCAGGAAUCUACCACAAACUCCUUGGAUAAUUGAUGGAGAAAGGAAAAUGGAGUCUUCGGUGGAAGAAUUAAUUUCAGAUCAUCUGCUGGCGGUAUUCAAAGCAGAGAGUUUUAAUUUCUCAUCCUCUGGACGGGAGGACGUAGAUGUGAGAACAUUAGGAAAUGGAAGGCCCUUUGCAGUUGAGCUGCUGAAUCCUCAUCGAGUGCAUUUCACUUCACAAGAAAUUAAGGAGCUGCAGCAGAAAAUUAAUAAAUCAUCUGACAAAAUCCAAGUCCGUGAUUUGCAGCUUGUCACCAGAGAAGCAAUCGGGCAUAUGAAGGAAGGUGAGGAAGGAAAGACCAAGACCUACAGUGCCUUGAUCUGGACGAACAGAGCCAUCCAGAAGAAGGACAUUGGGUUCCUGGACAACCUAAAGGACUUAAAGAUUGACCAGAAAACACCUCUCCGAGUCCUUCACCGAAGGCCUUUGGCUGUGAGAACUCGGGCCAUUCACUCUAUGGAGACACACUACCUAGAUGAGCAUCAUUUUCGUCUGCAUUUGAAGACCCAAGCUGGAACCUACAUUAAAGAAUUUGUACACGGAGACUUUGGGAGAACCAAGCCAAACAUUGGCUCUCUGAUGAACGUGACCGCAGACAUUCUUGAGCUAGAUGUGGAGUCUGUAGAUGUUGACUGGCCACCUGCUCUGGAUGACUAGCUCUCACGUUUGGCAUGAUGUGGACAUCCAGGUGGCAUAUCCUGGAAAACGGCUGUUUACCCACCGUGGCGGUGUCUUCCAAACCACUUGGAUCGUGUUGAUCUGUCCCUAAAGUUCACUGCAGCAUCUCAGGAGCUAUAUGUACACAUAUUUUGUGUUGUGUUGUUCUAAGACUGUCUUAUGUUUUCUCAUUCCCUGUCUCAUGACCAUAAGACCAAAAUAGGAGGAAUCAAACCAUUUUCCUUCCAAAUUCUGUUACUUAGAGAGGCAUAGAGUAGGAGGCACUGUCAGCCAGGAGGGCUAGGACUUCUAGCAUAAUCUCCCAUAGGAGACAAUACCUUUAAAGUUAUUUGCUAAAGCUUUCAGAUCAUCUGAAUAAAUGUUACAACUAGACUCAGUGGAAGAGUGUCCUGUAGUAUCCUAAUAUGUCAAAUGCAAAUCUGAUAUUAAUAUUUUCCCAAUUACCCUCAAUCAAGCUUCUAUUAGAAGUACUUUAAGGAAUGAUUUGUCAUAGUCCUUAUGACUUCAAGUUACUAGACAAUUGAAAAUUGUCAGUAUGUGUCUACUGCAAAAGCAAGUGACACCUUAUCACUGGAGACAUACUCUAGACACUGCCUAUGUCUUUUGUCUUUUAUGUAAGAGAAACAAGUGCCUUCAGUAACUUUUGUCCCAGUGUUUCAAUUAUUUUCUAAUUUCAAAUGUUUUCUAAUUUCUAAUUUCAAGUGGAAUAUCUAACAUUAUAUCUAAUUACCUAAACAAGGAAACAAAAGUUAAAUGACACACUUAGUUACUUUCAUAACCAGGUCUAAAGAUAGUUAAUGGAACUUGGGAGUUAUGUCUCUAGGGUCCUUUUUAUAAACCUUGUCAGGAGCCCCUGCUGCCCCUGUGGAUGACCGUGCCUCCCAAGAAUCCCAGAUAGAUUUACAAAGCCAGGAGGCUGGCUUCGGGAACUUGGAUAUCAAGUAGCACCCCCAAGAAAUGGCUAAUGUAUGUCUUAUAUGAUCUCAUAUAAUUGUCACAUGUAAUGGCAUGGUGAAGAGAGAUCUUAAACAUUGAACCAGAAGAAGAUGAAUUCAUCAUUAAAAAUACCAGAAGAGAAACUCAAUAAAAUUUAGAUUUAAGUAAAACUUUCA